GGGUUCCUUCUCUGUUUCAUUUUUAGCCGUUUCUUUUUCUUUGAGCCGAAGAUAUUUUAUGUUAGACAAGUAGAGAUGGAGAAUUUGUUGAGGAUUAAAUGUUGUUUGUGUUUUGUUGCAGGUGGUAGCGAGAGAGAGUGAAGAGAGAGGAGAGAGAGAGAAUGAUAAGGAGAAAAAAGAAGGAGAUGGAGAUGGAGAAGGAAAAACAGGGGAGGAAGAAGAAGAAGAAGACGACGAAGACAAAGAAGAAGAAGAAGAAGAAGACGAAGAAAAAGAAGAGGAAGAAGAAGAAGAAGAGAAAGAUGUGGAGAAAGGAGAAGUGGCUACAGUGGAAGAGAAGGUGAUGGUGGAGAGAAGUGAUCAUGUGUCAAUGUUGCAUAGGUUGAAUCCAACAAACCCUUUAAGGAUUGUCGUUAAUGGCGGCGCCAGAGUCUCUACACCUUCUCCUUCUCAGCCUUUUCACCCUCCUCAGCGCUCUUCUCAUCGGUCUCGCUCCACGCCUACCCCUCAACAAACACUAUCAUCAUUGAAUUCAACUAGGUACACAAACAAGAUAUCUCUAUUUCUGUUUGUGCUUCAUGUGAUUAUAGCCAAAGCCGUAGUCUGUUUUCUGGUGUUCAAGGGGAUUCAAGGGCUAGUAGGAUCAGCAACCAGCGUUAAGAGGAAGGAGCAAAGGUUACUUACCCAUUUCUUGCCCCAAGUUGAAGCUGCAUCACUCUUGAGCAUUACUCUUGCAUUUGCUUGGCAAAAGGCAGUAAGAAUGUGGCCCACUAUCAUGGUUCAUGUCAUAACUUGGAGUGGUUUUCUUUUGCCUUUAUCCGCUGGCCUCCUCUUGAUUUGCCUCCAAAAACCUCCUACUGAUGGCGUUGGAGUUUGUUUCAUGGUCUUUGCAAUUGGCAGUGGCUUGUAUGCUUGUUGGAUUAAUCAAAGAACUAAGUUUUGUUGUAAGGUUUUAGUUAAAUCUCUAGAACCAGUUUCAAAGUUCCCAGAUUUGAAUCAGCCUACUUAUUGGAUGCUUGGUGUUGGAUUUAUGUGGAUGUCUUUAUGGAUUUUAGCUGUGAUUGGAGCCUUGAACUUCUACUUUUCACCUUUGACAAUAAUCUUACUGGUACUGAGCUUGGCCUGGAUUGCAGAAGUCAUGAGGAAUGUAGCCAAUUUAACAGUUAGCCGGGUAAUUGCUCUAUAUUAUCUCAGAGGUAUGCAGUCUAGUACUAGGUUUUGCUUUCAUAGGGCUUUGACUCGAAAUCUUGGAAGUGCAUGUUUGGGAUCUCUCUUUGUGCCAACGAUUGAAGUCUUGAGGAUAGUCGCCAGGAUUUUGAACUUGCUCAAGGGAGAAGAUGAGUUCAUGUUUUCUUGUGCUCAUUGCUGUCUUAGUGUCAUGGAAUCCAUCUUCAAUUAUGGCAAUGGUUGGGCUUAUGUGCAGAUAGCUGCAUAUGGAAAAGGGUUCGUACGAGCAUCACAAGACACUUGGGCUCUCAUCGAGAGACGGGAAAUGCAAGCAAUUGUUGACUCUGAUAUCACCAGCUCAAUCUGCUUCCUCACCGGAGUUUGCAGUGGCUCAAUCUGUGUAAUUGUGGUUGCUGCUUGGACUACAACAGUCUACCAGCCCUUCACAGCCACAUUAUCCCUCCUUACUUUCUACAUUGGAUACCUUAUGACAAGGAUUUCAAUGGCACUGCCACAUGCUUGUGUGAGUUGUUAUUAUGUUUGCUAUGCUGAAAAUCCAGAAAACAGAUUAUUUGACAAAACAAUAGAGGAUCAUCAAAAGUUGAUGAAAGCAGGCCGCGAUGUUGUUGUGCCUACGCCUAGAGUUUCCCGGAGAGUUCCAACAUAGGCGAAUCGGUUUCAUCCCGGGCAAAGUUAGGCGCUUUUUAGCUCCAUCAAAUGAGCGAAAAGUCACCCAGAGCAGCACAUUGGAUGGCAAUACAUACAAUUCAAGGAAAUAGUACCUUGUCAAUUGUUCAUUUUGAUGGAUUGUGGAGAAAGGAAAGAAAAGAGGGAAGUCCCCACUGAGAUUCCAAUCAAACACAAAGCUACAAGGACAAAAGUCUCUUUAGUCAUCUCCUUUUUGUAGGAUAUCCAUUAGUGAAAACCAAAAGUUCCCCAAUUUAUUUAAUUAACUUCUUCAUAAUCUCUUUUAUCUCCAAUUUUCUUUUUCACAAUUUAAUCUAAUCUUUUUUGAAAA